AAUCCUCUUCCUCCCCCGGGGAUGGGGAGUGUGCCAGUCACGCAGCCGCCGGCAGGCCCUGGGGACAAGCCCCUGGCAGCUCCCCAGGUGCGCCGCAGGCUGGAGUGACUCCCCAGACCAUGGGUGAUGUGCAGAAGGUAAGUGGGGUCUGGUGACAUUUUGCCUGUGCCAGGAUGGGUGGUGUGCCAGCACCAGCUCCCAAGCUGUGGUGCUGGGCGGGCUGGCAGAGCAGGACCAGGGCUUUACCCUGGGCAUGUCCCCACAGAGCGCCCAGGAGCUGGCAGGGCUCCCAGGGCAGGGACAGCACACCUGGGGCGGAGAUUGGGGCUGGGCGGAUCGGCCGUGGGUCACCCCGACCCUGGACACCUUGGGAACCAAGCCCUGGCGCUCGCUCAGGCCAUAGGCACAGGGUACCCAUGGCCGACAGUGCACCCAGCUCUCCUCCCCAAAACGAUGGUGCUCGGCAGCACCCCAGCACCCCGCACCCCCAGGGGCUGCUCUCCGUCAUCCAGAAGUUGAAGGGUUCCCCGGAGCAGGAGCUCCGCAUCGUCCUGUUGGGGCUGGACAAUGCGGGGAAGACCACGCUGCUGAAACGCCUGGCGUCUGAGGAGGUCAGCACCAUCACGCCCACCCAGGGCUUCAAUAUAAAGAGCGUUCAUUCACAUGGCUUCAAGCUAAACGUCUGGGACAUUGGGGGGCAACGCUCCAUCCGCCCAUACUGGAGGAAGUAUCUGGGCAGCACAGAUCUGCUGAUUUAUGUCAUUGACAGCGCAGACCAGAAGCGUUUUGAGGAGACAGGGCAGGAGCUGGCAGAGCUCACCGAGGAUGAGUCCCUCAUGGGGGUCCCGCUGCUGGUGUUUGCCAACAAGCAGGACCUAGUGACUGCAGCACCUGCAGCUGAAAUCGCAGAAGGGCUGAGCCUCCACACCUACCGGGACCGGGAAUGGCAGAUCCAGGCCUGCUCAGCCUUGUCUGGGGAAGGAGUGCAGGAUGGGAUGAACUGGAUUUCCAGCCAGAUCAUGAACAGGAAGAAGUGAGAGCUGCAAAGUGCCAGACAGGACUGAGCUGCAGGUCCCUGAGCCAUGGCCAACCCCCCUGGUCCCUAGACUCCCCCAAAAGGCUCGGCUAGGCCUUGAGACUCAGACUGCCAUGCUCAGGUGGGCUUCCCACCCAGUCUUUCGCUAAUCAGUCAGCUUCCCCUCUCCCUGCCUCCUGGGCUUCCAUGGGCUCCUCACACCCCCUGACCCUCCUGCAGUCCCGGUAUUGUUGGAGGGAAGCACAUGUCCCACUGUGUCUAGGGCUUGCACAUCUCCAAAAUGAGAACCUGCUUGGGACUCAUCCAUCCACCCCGCAUGGGACUCAUCCAUGCUGAUACACCCUGCAGAGGCUGCUGCAACAAACACACUGCCCAGGGCACGCUGAGCUCCCCACCACAAGCACCAGCUACACCCUCAGACACGGCACAUACAGCCCACUGAAUGGUGUGUGUUCCCCUUCGCUCAUGUAUGAUGUGACUGGUGCUGCCCCAGUCAUGGCAGAUGGCUCAGGAAAGCCUCAGCUCAGCAUCUUCCGCUGGCCAGAGGAGCUCCCACGUGUGCACAGGACCCGAACAAGCACAAAGACACAGAGAGGACCCAGCUGGGCAGUCGCCAAUCAAGGGGUUUCACUGCCUGGUGCCAGCCCUGGCUGCAGCCACAUGCACAUGCCUCUGAGAGGGGCUGAUCUGCAAGAGCUGCUGGGAAGUGUGUGGCCCACAUGCACCGGGGCUGGCGCUCCUAUUGCCCUGCUGAAGAUGGCCCUUCCGAGGGCUGGAAGAUGCAGCUCCCUGGCCACCACAACUGCGGUGCCAGGUGCCCGCGCCGCUGGGGAUGGGUGGGAGACAAGCCAGAGCGGGGCGGGGGACCUUCUGCUGGGCCAGGCCCCAAGCCGCAGCCCUGCCUGCCCGUAGGCCGCACUGCCCGCAGACAGGCAGCCCUGCGGCCCACAAUAAAGCCGCCCAUGACCUCCACGCUGCCUCGGCCAGUCCUUCCCGCGGCGCUGGGACGGCGCUGCCCUCUGUCUCGCCGCGCUGCGGCCCGGCGAGGCCUGCGGGGACCGCGGCCGUGCCCCGACCCCAGCGCCUGGCGCCAUCUU